AUGGCUCGCUUCGUGCGCCAGGCCGGGCUUCUGCUCGGCCAUCGGUCACAUCUGUCUGUUGGCACUCCGCGAACCCUGCCGGCUAGCCUGCGCUUUUCGGCCCGGCCACUGGUCAGCCGGGGGCUCUUUUCCACCCACACCCCGCCCGCUGCCUCCUCCUCCUCCUCCUCCUCCUCCUCGGCCUCGGCCCCGGCCCUCGGCGGGGGCAUCCCCUCGUCCGGCGCCACCGCCAACAGCGGCCCGACCGAGCCCCCCGCCGCGCCCCCUCGCAACGCCGCCCAGAUGAACAACAAGCUGAAGGGCUUCACCCAGGCGUACCUGGAAAAUGGCGGCUGUGGGACCUGUCUGCAUGGUGACAGCCAUCUUCCCUGCCCGCAUGUCGAUCGAGAGGCCCUCGGUGAGCAGGUGGCCGACACGCUGGACAUCCUGCGCAGUUUCAUCCUGGACUCCAGCGACCUGGCCGCCGGCAAGCUGAACCGGGAGUUUACCUUCCCCACCAAUGUCGGCCAGCCGGGUGCCUUCGAUGACUGGGAAGCCUUCCUCACCUCGCGUGGCUUCUACAAUGCCCACCUGACGCAGACGCAGCGCGUCCUGUCGCGGUCGCUCACCUUCCCGGCCACGGUUGCCCAUCUGUUCUCGCCGAACCGCACGUUCGAGUGCUCCUCCAGCCUCGGCGACGAUGCCCUUGCCGAGCUCAGCUCCCGUGCCAGCGGCGCCUUCAAUGAGACCAAGUCCGUGAACAUUUGCUUUGUCGGCGCCCGCGCCGAGGCCACCCUGCCGAAUGAGGCCUGGUCCCAGCUGAUGUACCUCUACCCGGAUGUCAGCUGGAACUUGAUGUUCGUCGGGCCCCACCUGCCGGAGCAGAUCCACGCCACGCGUCUGGACAUCGAUCUGUCCGACGACCCGGUGGCCGGGGCCGAGGCCGAGGCCCCCGCCGGGCAGCCGGCCGGCGGGCUUGGCGGCUUCCUCCGGCGCCUGCUGACCCCGCGCGGGGGGGAGCACCACCAGGCGGCCGAGCGGCGUGCGGCCCUCCGCCUGGGGACCCGGUCCGAGGCCCCGGUGCCGGGGCUGGCGCGCGCCCCCUCCGGCGGCAUGCGCAUGUGCCUGUCCUACUACAGCCGGCUUUACCAUGAGAUCCAUGACGACAUGGUCCUCAAUGACACCAUCCCCGAUGUGUACAUCCUCUUCAACAGCGGCGUUGGCCAUGAGGUCAAUCGCCACACUUGGCGCCCGAGCAUCGAACGCCUGCUGGAAACCACUCAGCCGCUCGUGUUCACCUCCCUCGGGUUGGAGGACUGCGAGAAUGACAUCGCCGCGGUCCAGCGCAUCGCCGAUGGCUUCGAGGAUUACCUGGCCCAGCAGUCGCUGGACAGCCUGCCGGCCGAGGGGGACCAACUGCACUCGCACCACAUGGACGACGGGGCGCCGAGUGUGAUCGACUCCCUGGACCGGUCGGUCCCGGCCAUCGAGUGGCUUGUCCAGCCGCAGCUGAACAGCUUCCGCGCGCUCCUGUGCGAUGCCAAUCCCUACAACCCGAUGGAGGUCAUCCACCCGAACUGGUCUCUCUUUGCCGUGUCGGGACGAUGAACGCGCGUGCGCAUGCGCCUAUCGCCGCCGGUGUCUCUGCCCCUCCCUCCCCGCUGCUCCCGCACACACGCGCAUGGCCGGCCUUCAAGCUGGGCCGUGAUAUGGGGGGGUAGGGG